CCUCCGCCAGCAGCCGGGAGGGUGUUAGGGGGCGUUUCUCCAGGAGGAAAGCUGUGAGCUGCGACGCUGAGGAAGGGGACCCCAAAACGUCUGGCACUGCCCCCUCCAGGGAUCACUUUGGACCGCCUCACUCGUCCCAGCAGGGUUCAGAAACGCCGAGGGGUCAACCUGAUGGGUUUCGGGGUCAACGGAAGAGGGGAAGGGGAGCCCUGGCGGGGAGAACCCCCCGGCCCCCCGCCCAGCAGCUGAGGCAUAGGAGGGCGGCCAUCUUGGCCGGGUGGGUAGGGCUGGGGAGCUACGGGCGCCGUGUGAUUGGGGGGCUCGCCCGGAAGUGACGCCAACUACCCGGAAGCGGAGGGGGUUCCCUGGCCCACUCCCCCCUCGUUCGUUUGCUCCCCCGCUUCCUCCCCGCCCCCCUUCCUCUCCAUUCGUUUUCCCCCCCUCCCCGUUCCCUGCCUUCUUUCCCCCCCACCCGUCCCUCCCCCCCCAACCUCCGGAGCUGGGAAGAGAGUCAAGAUGGCGGCGAAAUCCGAUGGCGGUGGCGUGGGGGUGGGCUUCGCCCAGCUGCACAACCUGGACGAGGCGGUGGGCAGCGGCGGCGAGGAGGACGGGGAGCCCGGGGGAGGCGGCUGCGGCGGCGGCGGAGACGGCAGCGAGCCCGGCGAGAGCAGCUCGCUGCACAUCUGCCACUGCUGCAACACCUCCUCGUGCUACUGGGGCUGCCGCUCCGCCUGCCUGCGCUCCCUCCUGGGCAAGAAGCCGCGCCGCAACGCCGCCGCCGCCGACGGGGGGGACCAGCCGCUGCAACCGCCCGGGGCCGCCGGCGCCGACCGCCACCCCCCGACGCCCUCGGCCGCGCGGCCGCAGCCGCCGCAGGUGGAGCGGCCGUGGCUCGACUGCCUGUGGAUCGUGCUGGCGCUGCUGGUCUUCUUCGGGGACGUGGGCACCGACCUGUGGCUGGCCCUCGACUACUACCGCAAGGGGGACUACGGCUACUUCGGGCUGACCCUCUUCUUCGUGCUGGUGCCGUCGCUGCUGGUGCAGAGCCUGAGCUUCCGCUGGUUCGUGCAGGACUACACGGGCGGCGGACUGGGCGCCGUGGAGGGGCUCAGCAGCCGGGGUCCCCCCAUGAUGGGGGCCGGCUACGGCCACGGCGCGGCCCGCGGCGGCCCGGGCGCGGGGGGCUCGGCCACGCCGGGGGCGCAGCGCCUCUGCCGCCUCUCCGUGUGGAUCUGGCAGUCGGUCAUCCACCUGCUGCAGAUGGGGCAGGUGUGGAGGUAUAUCCGCACCAUGUACCUGGGGAUCCAGAGCCAACGGCAGAAGGAACACCAGCGACGCUUCUACUGGGCUAUGAUGUAUGAAUAUGCAGACGUCAACAUGUUGCGCCUCCUGGAGACCUUCCUGGAGAGCGCCCCCCAACUGGUGCUACAGCUCUGCAUAAUGAUCCAGAAGAACAGCGCUGAGACGCUGCCCUGUGUCUCCUCUGUGACUUCCCUGAUGUCCCUGGCUUGGGUGCUAGCCUCCUAUCACAAGCUGCUGCGGGACUCCAGGGACGACAAGAAGAGUAUGAGCUACAGAGGGGCCCUCAUCCACCUCUUCUGGCGCCUCUUCACCAUCUCAUCCAGAGUUAUUUCUUUUGCCCUCUUUGCUUCCAUCUUCCAGCUCUACUUCGGGAUCUUCGUGGUGGUUCACUGGUGCGCCAUGGCCUUCUGGAUCAUCCAUGGCGGAACAGACUUCUGCAUGUCCAAGUGGGAGGAGAUCCUCUUCAACAUGGUGGUAGGGAUUGUGUACAUUUUCUGCUGGUUUAACGUCAAGGAAGGGCGGACUCGAUAUCGAAUGUUUGCAUAUUACACGAUAGUCUUGACCGAGAAUGCUGCCUUGACGUUCCUUUGGUAUUUUUACAGAAACCCGGAGACCACUGACUCCUAUGCGGUGCCAGCACUGUGUUGUGUCUUUAUUAGCUUUGUGGCUGGGAUCGCAUUGAUGCUCUUAUAUUAUGGUGUGCUGCAUCCCAUGGGGCCACGAGCUAAGAUCUUUGCCAGCUCCUGUUGUGCCGAGCUGCUCUGGGGCAUCCCUUUGCCCCCCGAUGUUGAGCCCAUGGCGCCUCAGACCCCUGGGUACCGGGGGACCCAGGUCACGCCUACCAGAGCCGUAACGGAACAACAGGAGGAUCUCACGGCUGACACUUGCUUGCCCGUUUUCCAAGUGAGACCCAUGGGGCCCUCCACCCCGUCGGGGCGUCCUUACCACCCAGAAGGGCCCCUCAUUAAGAUUGACAUGCCAAGGAAGAGAUACCCAGCUUGGGAUGCUCAUUUUGUAGACAGGAGGUUGAGAAGGACUAUUAACAUUCUGCAGUAUGUCACCCCCACCGCGGUAGGCAUUCGGUAUCGAGAUGGACCGCUCCUUUAUGAAUUGCUACAGUAUGAGUCUUCACUCUAA